AUGAGUCUGGAAGACAACGCCUUGACCCUAAUGUCGUACUUCCCCCGCGACAGUGGCAAAUCAGAGGUUGUGAUGAGCGGUGCGUUCGACAUACGCUUGACCUAUGGCGCGUGUCUCCAGCCUGUGAAUCAUCAUUUUUGCCAAUUUGCUCACGGCAAGGGCUUAAGUGUGGCCCUUCGCGCUGAUGCUACGCUGGUCGUCUACACUGAUGGCAUCCCCGUGAAGGAAUUCCAAUCGGUAGCGGACAUGGUAAACUAUCCCUUCAAUAUUUUGGUAUUGAAGAGAGGGGAGAAGGAGUUGGAUGUUUUACUCUCUCUUAUGGACAAUCGCACACAAGUUGGUCAAGAGGAUUGGUGGAUGACGGGAAAGGCCAUGACCUUGGAUCUAUUCCUGAUACUUUGA